AUCUGGCAGGGAGCUCGAGAUACGCCUCCGGUCUGGGUGAUGUCAUCCGCCUUUCCCUGAGAAGUGUUACAGAGAAUAUCCGAGACAGAGGAGGCUCGACUCCGCUUCUGCGGAGGAUGCUCUGGGGUUAGGAUAAAGUACAGGACCCACAGAAAGGGAAUGAAAAACAACCGUCUGCUGCCAGCUGUGAAACAAACCAUAUUAAUUUAGCCGAAGACAAUUGCUUAGCACCAAGGAUCACCACAAAGCCAGUCUGUAUUCUUUUCAAUACAGCAACAACGACAUCUGCUUAGUACUUUACUGAAAUUACAUCUGUCAAGGUCCUGACCUGUUGUAUCGAUUUGGUCACAGGCUUUUUUUCAGUUAGUACUUACAAACGCGGCAUCAUUAUUAUCAUUGUUAUCGUUGGACAGAAAAAGCUUGAGCGACGCCGCAAGAUUGAUGUUUCAAACUGGCUUCUCUGAAAGACACAAUUCGACCUCGGACAGGAUCCCUGCGUUCAGCACCUCGGAUAGCUCCCGUUCCAUCCUCCGGAGCAGUACCAACUAACACGGAGCCUGCGGUGUUUCCCGCCGCUCUGCUUACUCUCGGCGCCCCCCAUCAGCAACACACAUCACGGAAUCGAACAACACAUCCUAUUGAAACUGCUCCGAGCCGAUUCAGCACCAGGCUGAGCCAAACGCCCUUUUCUAACAGCUUGAAUCGAGUAAAUGACAUAUACACCUCGGAUGAGCCGUUUGAACUUGUUUUUACAUUAUUUAAUUAACACGGUUUUUAUCUGAACGUUUCUAAAUAAAUAGACUAAUUCAUAUAUUGUAUUAUAGACAUCCUCUGACCAACGCUGCUGGUGUUAACGUAUACUACCUUUGUAACACACUACCUCUAGAAUCGUAUGUAAAAGCGACUUUGUCUGCAGAUUGAACGAAACUUGAAUGCUGGGGGCUGACAAAGUCGAAUUCCAUCCCAAUUCUACGCUAUUCUAAAUGUCAAAAGUUAUUGUGUGAAAUAGUAUUACUUAUAAGGAGCAAAGCCACACGAACGAACCAGUUGGACAUUGUGUGUGUGUUUAAAUAUAAUAUUAAUGAAACUCAAUAUUCCACUCAGCAUCUCCUGCACGAGGAAGCCGUGGGUCUCUUCCAUCACGCAAUAAUAAACCUCAUUAUACCGGGGAUUCGUACUUCCCUACAGCUAGGAGGACUAGCACCAUGGCCAAUGAACCUGUGAUCCUCAACGUGUAUGACAUGUACUGGAUAAACGAAUACACCUCCACCCUGGGGAUCGGAGUCUUCCAUUCAGGGAUUGAGAUCUACGGGAGAGAGUUUGCUUACGGAGGACACCCCUACCCCUUCAGUGGGAUCUUCGAGAUCACUCCAGGGAACGCCACGGAGCUCGGAGAGACCUUCAAAUUCAAAGAGGCGAUUGCGCUCGGGACCACAGACUUCGCUGAGGAGGAUGUGGAUAAGAUCAUGGAGGAGCUUGGGAAGGAGUUCAAAGGCGACACCUACCAUCUGAUGCACAAGAACUGCAACCACUUCUCCUCGUCCCUGUCUGAGCUCCUGUGUGGGAGGGAGAGCCCUCGCUGGGUCAACCGGCUGGCCUACUUCAGCUCCUGCAUCCCCUUCCUCCAGAGCUGCCUGCCCAAGGAGUGGCUGACCCCCGCUGCCCUGCAGAGCCACAUCAGCCUGGGCCUGCACAAAGAGGAGGCAAGCGAGUCCAGCGACGAUGACACCCCCUCCGCAGCGGGGGGCGCUGCAGGCCCCAGCUCCUCACACAGCUGCAAGCACACGCGGGUCUGAGCCUCCGCCACCAGCAGCAAUCACACACAGCAGCCAGCCAGCAGGGCGGCGCCCCUGGGGUCUGCAGUACUGUGUGCCUGUGUGUGUGUGAGGACUGGACUGAGGAAAAGGAUUGACAAGCCCACUUAGGAUAUGAACCCUGAUCUCCUGGCUCCUGUGCCCUGGGCCAACAACAGGCCACCAACCUUGAAGGAGCUGUACCUCAGCAGGGAGACACAUUCUACAGAAAUCAGUGAACAGAACUACUGCUUUUUUACAAGGCCAUUCCCACCAUGUCCUGGGAGCUGUGGUGUGGUGUACUGUUCUCUGAACCUCAACUGACAUAUGCUACCUUAGUUAGAGGCAUUACUGUAGUUUAAUGGGAACUGGGGACUGUCUGAAUUAAUUUAACAGUGUUCAAUAGCCAUCAGGUACAGGGAAGUUAGAGCGUCUCAAGUCCUACGCAUUGCACGUCUUCAUAAAUAGGGGUUCAGAUUUUUUUUUAUUUCCAUAUUUCUACCCCCUGAAUGGAAUUUUUCAAAAAUUUGGAAAAAUACGGACUGAUUUGUCAAUAAUGGUAUUGUAGCCUUUAUUAAUCAGGUUAUUUUAAAUCUUGUCAAGGAUCCUUUUUGUAAUAGAAAAGGAAAGCUAUUUCAUUUUCUAAUCAGUAUUAAAUGGCAGUAUAAUUACAAUUUGAAGUGUUCACUCGGUUUCCUUCUUGUGUGUUUUUAUGUGUGAAAAUAACACUUGAUAAAACCUGCGUUUCAAUGUUAACACUGUAACAGAGUGGCAGCUAUAACUUUAGAUCAUUAACGGGUUUGUUUAGUAUAACAUUUUUGGGAUGUAAAGAUAAUGUCAUAAUUAAGGCUGUAUUGUUUUCAUGGUUAUCACGGAUUUCAUGAUUUCCAUGAAAUGUACCCAUUGCUGUGUAAUAUGUAGUUCCCUGUGAAAUUCCUGUUUAUGAAACAAUAGUGUAAAUAUACAUAUUUUUAUCACUUAAAAAUACAUACAGAAAAUCUUUGCCUUAUUGACGCACUCCCUGUUACACUGCAUUUAGGAACCUGGCAGCCGGUUUAGUUUGUUUCCAGUAAGGUGAUUUAAAAUGUCAUCAACGAAAUAGACAGCAGCUGCAUCAAAGAUCAGAAAUAUUUCUGCUGAAGAUCGCUCUGUCCAGUACAAGAAGGGGAUAUUUCACGUGGCUGUUGUUAUUGUUCCAUUUAUUUAUGUUUUUAUUUUAUUUGAUAAUUCACUGGUGAUGAAAAUAGAAUCUUUAAAAGGUGGACAUAAAAAACAAAAUAUUCUUCAAUUUAAAAUGUACUGUUUCAGGUAAGCAUUUAAAUAUUUAAGAACAUCUGUUGUAGAAUAACUCUAAUGAUUUCCAUUACAUGAGAGUAGAUGUUAAAACUUCAUGCUGAUUUGAACUCGGCUCUCGCCAAGAUAAAGUGAUCAAUUUUGAAUGUGACAACGCUA